GGCCGGGGUGAAGUCGCUGGCCUGAGGGAGACCAGCGAGGCGGUGAGCUAGUGGGCAGCCACCAGUAGAGAACUCCAGUUUGGUGCGCGAGGUUGUGUGCUGGCUUUGCUCCCCGCUCCACUUUCACCACACCACACAGAAGUGACACGCCUCACCUCAGCAGACGCACACGCAGCACCAGUGAACCUGCAGCUUGGGACUGGCUGAGGGACUCUUAGGGGAAAAAAAAUGUCUGAGGACGAGCCUUCAAAUCCCACUGCCAAGAGUUAUGACAAUCCGGGAUUCCAGUUCGACAACAAUGGCACGACCACCAUAGACCUGACGGACGUGGAGGAGGGGAAGGCGCGGCAUGAGGAGAAAGGCGAGGUGUUCGGCACCGUAAACUCGCAUCCGGCAGGGAAAGAAAUAAACGGACCGGCCAUGUCAUACUCGCUCAAAAUGGACCAACUGGAUGACAAAAACACGUCGCGGGAAAGCAGCCCAGCCUGCGAGGACGUGCCGCAGAUUGAGGAGGAGGACGACAAGGAGGACUACAGCAUCUGCAGCCUCUUCCCGGGCCACGCUGCUCGGAAGGAGAGAAUUCAAUCGCUCUUCAAGGGCAGGGACUUGGGGAAGCUGCUGAAGAAGGUGGUCAUCUCCCUGCUGGCUGUGCUCUACGUCAUCUACUUCAUAUCAGUGCUCAUCAUCCACUCUGACGUUCAGGAAGCCAACUACUGGUGUGACGGUGACGGGUUCCUCAUCCUCAUCACCAUCAUCUUUGGAACGGGACUCUUCUACUACAAGGUGGUGAAGGUGGUGUGGGGCGAGUUCCUCUACCAGCACGUCAUCCUGUUCCUGAGCAAGAUAUUCAACAUGGUGUUCCGCUACAGGUUUAUUUCCUGGGGGAGCUACUUUGUGUUAGUUUUGAUCGCGGUGAUCUUCGUCAUUGUUGACUCCUGGCAUGAGCCUCACCGCCUCAUCUCACUCUUCGGCAUAGUGGUCCUGCUCCUCUUCGGCUUCGUCUUCUCCACCGCUCCCCGCAAGGUGAGGUGGAGACAUGUGGCUUGGGGGAUGGCGCUGCAGUUCAUCCUUGGCGUGGUGAUUCUUCGAUGGCCGCUGGGCAGAAGUGUGUUCAGGUGUGCUGGGGACAAGGUGUCGGCCUUCCUCGCCUUCACUGACGAGGGUUCCGGUUUUGUCUUCGGAAAAAUCGUGAAGGAGGACCACAUUUUUGCUUUCCAGGUUCUGUCUGUGAUCUUGUUCUUCAGCUUCUGCAUCCAGAUCCUGUACUACUACGGGGUAAUGCAGUGGGUGGUGCUCAAGCUGGGCUGGUUCCUGCAAAUCACCAUCGGCACCACCGCCUGUGAGAGUGUCAAUGCCGCCGCCAACAUCUUCCUGGGCCAGACGGAGGCGCCGCUGCUCAUCAAACCAUACCUUCCUGAUAUGACCAAGUCUGAGCUGCACGCCGUCAUGACAGGAGGGUUCGCCACCAUCGCCGGUUCAGUCCUCGCCGCCUACAUCUCCUUCAAAGUAGAUGCCUCUCAUCUCCUGUCUGCGUCAGUCAUGAGCGCUCCAGCAGCACUUGCCUUCGCUAAGCUCUUCUAUCCUGAGACCAAGCAAACCAAGACCAGCUUCAAGGACAUCCGUAUUACACAAGGAGGCGAGGCUAACUUGCUGCACGCCGCUAUGGUGGGAGUCACCAACGCCAUCCCGCUCGUGGCAAACAUCGCCGCCAACCUUAUCGCCUUCUACGCCUUCAUCUCCUUCUGCAGUAGCAUUUUGAACUGGGGCUGCACCCUGGUAGGCGUUGGGAAGGACGUGUGUACACUCGAGAGCGUUUUCGGCUGGAUCUUCAUGCCGCUGGCGUGGGUAAUGGGCGUGGAGUGGUCGCAGUGUGGCCUGGUGGGUGAACUGAUUGGCCUCAAGACCAUCGUGAACGAAUUCGUCGCCUAUUCCAAGUUGAGAGAUAUGAAGGAAGCCGGUCUGCUCACGAAACGCGCGGAGAUCAUUGCCACGUACGCACUGUGCGGUUUCAGCAACAUCAGCUCCAUUGGCAUUAACUUGGGAGGCUUCGGGGCCAUGGCACCCUCGAGGCGCGCUGACCUGGCCAAGGUGGUGGUGCGGGCCAUGAUCGCCGGCAGCUGUGCCUGCUUCCUCACUGCCUGUAUUGCUGGCACGCUGGUGAGAGACGACUUUGUCACUGUCACCUCUAAUGCUACACUUAAUGCUAUCUAGACGCCGCUGCACUGCAUACUCCACACUGAAAACAAAUACUCGCUAAGCCAAACCCACUCAUGGAUCACAUUCACCGCCCAUUCACCUCAGUCUUCACCGCACUACACUCUCUGACUCAUUUCUCUAUCGCAUAAUCUAUAUAUAGUUAAAGAUCUGCCCGGUUGUGUGCCUACAUUUCCACAAACAUUUACGCAUUCAUUUUAUUGUUGAUAUUGUGAUUUUGUAUAUGCAUAUAUUGAAUACUGGAGAUUGUUUAACAUCUUGUACAUAUUUUAGUAAGCAACAGUCUUGCAUUAAAAACAUAUUACAGAAUACAACAACCACUGAAAGCACGUUUUUAUAACGUAAAUGUCUGUUUGCCACUCGAAAUGCGCCUAGCCAGCCCCUGCCUGGAGGCUGCUGGCAAGUGGCGGCUGGGGAGUGGUACGCGGCGGUUAGGGUAGAGCAAAUACCAACAUGGUGACGGGCGUACACAGACCGGCACAUUCAUGUUAAGUACAAAUAUAUAAUCUCCAUGAGCAAACAUGUAUAUACUCACCUUUUUUUUCCGGUGGUUGAGUGGAGAGGAACACUGUUACAUAAUUCGUGAUAAGUAUUCUGCAUUUUGGUGCUGGUGCAGUGAUAAUUCUGAACCUUGCCAGGAGAGCGAACCCGCCAGCCCUGCAGCGCCAUGACACACAUUAAGAAGUCAUGGAACUGGCGACGCACUGCUCCAGGAACUGUUUCAUCAAAAUAUGUGGUGCUAAUAUUUUUCACCUUUUAUUCAGCAUAUUGUAAAUAUAUAUGUAAAUAUAGUCGUAGGUUUUAGAAUUUAUUAGAUGGUGUUAAUAUUACAUAAAUGUAUAAUCAUAUUUUGUAUAUCAAGGAAAUAUUUAUAAAUAAAGUCUUCUUUCAUUUA